GCAUGUUAUUUGAAAUUAAUCAAGUUGAUACUUUGAUACUUUUAUUGAUAAUUAAUUCAGAUAAGCGGGCAAAGCGACUUAAACUACACAACAACAACAUUAACAUUAACAGCAACAGCAGUCGCAGUCGCAACAACAAGUUUAAUGAAGAACUUGCCGCCAACGUUGCUGCGCCGCUGUGGCUCUAAAGUUGAAACCAGUUUGUUGGCCAAGUGAAUGCGGGUGUCACUUAACUCAUAAAUCUUGUGCGACCACAGACCAAAUGGCCUUGAAGCCUCGCACAUGCUCCAGCCCAUGUCAGAGCAGAGUUGAGUCGAGCAGAGCAGAGCAGAGCAAAAGCAGUGCGAACUCUGAGUGUCAGAAGCAGAGGCAGAGGCAGAGGCAGAGGCAGAGGCAGAGGCUUGGGCUUCUUUACAGAUGCCGCUCUCGUGUUGUCCUGCUGACAAAAGCGUUUCACUGGAAUUUCGCCGUGCUUCAUUUCACAUCAAAAAGCCUCAACCUUAAAGUCCAACGACCAUCGCCCCAUAAUUUGCUGCAUUCCGCCCCAUUCAUCAGCUGCGAUUGCGAAAGGAUUCGAUUUGAGUCUGAUUGUUGCGUGGGCUCUGUGACUAAUCAGCUGGGAUUUGUGCAAUCGACGUCUGCGUCUGCCACUAUCAAUGUCUGUCAAUUAAACUGGCCAGCCAGCACAACACAUGUCUCACAUGUCACAACAGCUUGCCACUGCCGAUUGCUGACCAGGGCACCAACAAGAGCUCCCCAUGUUCCGCUGUCAGUCGUCUGUCGACGCAACUGUCACUCCAAAACGCGAGCUUAGAAAAACUGAAAUUAAGACAGCAAGUGUGUUAUCAGAGCGUUAUUUAAAUUAUGCCUCCACAACUACUCGAUCCAUCGACAUGUCGUGUCCGCAGGGCGAGCAACACGAUCACACAGCCAAUGCAAACAGCAAUCGAUGGUUGGUUGGCUAAUGGAAGUUCAAGGCAUAGCAUAUGGUCAUUUUAAGUGUAUAAUUAAGUCGCAUGCCGCAUUUUGUAAUUAAACGCCUGGUCGCUGAGCUGUUUCUGUUUCUGUUGCUGUUUAGACAUUUAAUUAACAUGCGCAGCUAAGCAACUUUUAGCAACAGUUCCAGCUAAAACUCACUCGCUACAAAAAUUCCCCCCGGUUAGC